AUGUCAGUGAAAUACUAUGUGAGAAGAAGGGAUGGGCUGAUGGUUAAUGUGUGCAGACAGAGUUUUAUGGACAUUUUGGGAGUUAAAAAAGACAGGAUUUUGAAUGUAGUAAAACGGUUUAAGGAAAGCUAUGAAAUGCCCAAAGAACGACGUGGAGGAGAUCGUAUAAAAGAUGAAAAUAACACAAAGCGAGCGGCUAUAAAAAAAUUUGUUGAAUCACUAAAGUGCAUAGAGUGCUGCCGAUCUAAGACAUUCAAUAGAUUUUAUUUGCCUGCAGAACUAAAUAUCAGAAAACUUUGGAGAAUGUUUAACAAUGCCGUCUUCAAAGAUCUCCAGACAAAUUCAAAAUAUAGCCUCAGAAAAGGCUCGCUGCCUGAGAGUGAUCGUCAGGGCAUAUCUGGAGCUGGCGUUGGAUAUGAUAGGCGGGCCCCUACCGUUCAAGUAGCGACAGCCCAAAACAACAGCGUGGAAGUAAAUACUGAAGAUAAAGUGGACCAACAGAACACCACUCUAUCUGUCGACUCAUCUUUAGAUUAUUGCGUAUCUGAAACUGAAGUCGCGGAUCGUAUUUGUGUGAUUUUCAUAGAUUCUGAAAAUGAUGACGUCAGAGACGAAGACGAAGAAAGAGAAAAUGGAGACGCAGAUAGCUAUCAUGACAUGCGAAGUGUUAAGAGUAUACGCAUCCAAAACAUGCCUUCUACUCUGUAUCCUAGCUUUUUAUUAAGCUUCAAAGACCUGAGGAUAGUAUCAGAUCGUUCGACAGAAAGUGUGAACAUCCUGUUAGAAAAUGGGUGGAUGACUUCGAGGAAAGGACCGAGGUGA